AGAGUAAUAUUACAUGCGUCGGUCAUGUUGAAAUAAUUUUAGGAUUUACAUAAAUCUUUUUAACGAAGUUUUGUUCAACUUUUAUCUUUUAACGUUUCGAAAACAAAUUGUUGUCAUCAAAAUACAAUUUUUACUACACUCCUUUACGACGUUUAUUCUUUAGGAACAUGUGGACGAAACUGCCGUUAAAGCAUAUUUUUAGGAGUCUUCCUAAGGUGCCUUUUUGUAACAGUAACAGACCUCUUCACAAAACUUCUAGAUGUCUUAUGCCAUUAAUUCCUAUGGUGAUUGAACAAACUGGCCGAGGUGAAAGAGCUUAUGAUAUUUAUUCAAGAUUAUUGAAGGAGAGGAUCAUUUGUGUAAUGGGUCCUAUCACUGAAGAGAUGUCCAGUGUGGUUGUUGCUCAGCUGUUGUUUCUUCAGUCAGAAAGCAGUAAAAAACCAAUUCAUAUGUAUAUAAAUAGUGGAGGUGGAUCUGUGAGUGCAGGAUUAGGGAUUUAUGAUACCAUGCAGUAUAUUUUGCCUCCCAUAGCAACUUGGUGCGUUGGGCAAGCGUGCAGCAUGGCUAGUUUUUUGCUGUGCGCAGGUGAACAUGGAAUGCGCCACUCUCUUCCUAAUUCCCGCAUAAUGAUACAUCAGCCGUCUGGACAAGCUGCAGGCCAAGCGACUGAUAUUCAAAUUCAUGCAGAAGAAAUAUUGUAUGUGAAGAAGAAAAUUAAUUCACUGUACUCAAAGCAUACAAAGCAGCCCAUAGAAAUCAUUGAGCAAAGCAUGGAACGGGAUCGAUUUAUGAAUCCGGAGCAAGCAAAAGAGUUCGGGUUGAUAGAUGCAGUACUUUCACGCCCUCCAGUGUUAGAAACAGAGAAAAAAGCUGAAGCAACAUAAAUCCAGUCAGUUUUGUAGUCGAUUUUCAGUUUUUACGUGUAAAUAUUAAAAUAAAAUAUUAUUCAUUUUGUUGGAUU